AAACAAAGCAUGUUUUUUUUAUGAUAUAUUUUUAAUAUGUACUGCAAUAAAGCUUACUAUUUAUGUUGAAUUCUAAUGUGUAUGGCUCUACAUACAUAUGUAAAUUAGAGUGUAUGAUAAUAUUGUUUUUUUUUAAGACAAAUUGCUUUUAAUUAUAUUGAAUGUAUAAUAGUAAAUAGUACACAUGUCACUUAAUUGUGCAAAUAUCAGAAAAUAUAUAUGAUACAAAGCCUUUGAAAGUAUUGUUAUAAAGUUGUGGGAAUGGGGAAUUGUUUGUGUAAAGAAACACCAGAAGAACAUGAGGUAUAUAGUGGACAUAAUGAUGCAAAUGCGGAAAAUUCAGUGUUAUCGGAAUCAAGUGCAUCUAACGAUGUAACUGCUACAACAUUUAAGUUUCCAACUUCAUCUAACAUUGAUAAAUUGGUACUUGAGACAAUAGAAGUUAUUGAUUUCUUUGUUGAUAAUGGGCAAGAACCACCACGCGCAUUGUUAAAGUUACAUGCAAUUGCUGAUAACGAAGAUGGAUGGAUACGAGUAGUUAGUUCAAUGGUUAAUGUUAUUCCCAUGUGUAACCCAUUAGGUCCUUCACUCAUUACACUUCUGUUAGAUGAGUGUCCACUACCUUCAAAGGAAUUAGUUUUAAGAUUGUCACAUAUGUUUCAAUCAUCACAAAUACAAGGAAAUGUACAAACUAGUGCAACUCAACAAUGUAAUAUAUGUGUGGUAUUGGGUUGUAUAGCAGAAAAAUUAGCUGGGCCAAGGAGUGUUGCAAUAUUAUCUGAUAUAACCCUGGACUAUCUCAUCUCAAAUCUUAGAGAAGAUGUUGAUCCUUACGUUGCAUUAUAUUCACUGAUAGCUUUAGAAAAGUUUGCACAAACAAGCGAAAAUAAAAUAACAAUCAAAAAACGUUUAAUGGCAGAAAAUCCAAAUCCACUCUUAGAAUUGGAAAAAUGGGCAACAGAAACUCAUUAUGUACGCCGGCAAGUAGGUUUCUGUGCACAGUGGUGUUUAGAUAACUUAUUUUUAAUAGAAGGUAGAAAGUAUUCUCAUGAUUCAGUUGAUAUGACUGGUAUUAAUGUUAUGUUGAAUACAAAAGAUGUAAGCGAGUACCUGAAAAUAUCACCCAAUGGUCUGGAAGCGCGAUGUGAUGCAUAUUCAUUUGAAAGUGUAAGAUGCACAUUUCAAGUAGAUUCUGGCAUUUGGUACUAUGAGACACUUGUAAUAACUACAGGAGUAAUGCAAAUUGGGUGGGCCACAAAACAUAGCACGUUUUUAAAUCAUGAAGGUUGUGGUAUAGGUGAUGAUGAAUAUUCUUUGGCCUAUGAUGGCUGCCGCAGACUGAUCUGGUAUGAUGCAAAAAGUGAAAAAUACGACGAUAAGCGGCGUUGGAAACCCGGUGAUAUUUUAGGUUGUUUAUUAGACUUGAACAAAUUGGAAAUAAUAUUCUCUAUAAACGGUGUUCCGCUCAAACCAUGUGUUCAAGUUUUCAAUACAGCAAAGUCUGGAUUUUUUGCAGCAGCCAGUUUCAUGUCGUUCCAACAGUGUCUUUUCAAUUUUGGAAAUGUACCAUUCAAAUAUCCUCCUACUGAUCGUGAAUAUAAAAAAUUCAAUGAUUAUGCUUCUUUGAAGCCUGAGGAUAAGGUUGUGCUUCCUAGACACAUAUACUUAGAUCAACUAACAAAACUUAACGUUAGAGAAGAUUCGUGUACAUUGUGUUUCGACCAAAGAGCUUCAGUAAUAUUACUACCAUGCAAUCACAGAGGGUUUUGCCAAACGUGUUUAAAUCAGCUGCUAGAGUGUCCAAUGUGCAGGGCUCCGAUCGAAGAAGUAGCUCUUGAUAAUUCAUGAGACAACAUAAGCAUACCAGCAUUUCGUAAUACUCUUCCUCUACAUUUUUCACAUUACACAAUUCUCAGGAACUGUCACAAGAUAAUCACACUUGCAGAACGCCAUAAGCGUAACGUAUUGAAUAUAACUAUACUAUUCUGUGCUUUUCUUUUCUUACAAUACAGUAUUUUAAAUCGUGAGAAGGACUACAAAUCAAUCACAGAUAAUAAAGUUGCAUCGAAUUACAUUACAUUUCUGAUGUGUAUUAUUCUGAAUGUUGCUUCCAAAUUAUUAUACUAUAAAUUGAAAGCAACAAAGAAUAUGAUCAUAUGUCUAUUGGCUGUGCAAACUACCUUCCCUAGGUUUUGUCUACAUACAGUUUGCAUUGAUUUAGAUAUCUAAAGUAAAAUAGCGAAAUAAAAUUUAAAUAUUUUUUUUACAUUGUAGACAUUCAAAGAAAUAGUAUCUGCAAUUUACAUUUAAAUUGCUACAAAUGUAU